CGCCUCGCACAGCCCAGCGCUGAAACUGAUCCACACAUUGAUCUGUAACAGUGUGUCACGGUGUCACUGUUUUACCGGGGAACGAGUAAGACACUCACAUUUAACAUUUAGUUUCACUACAGCCACCGGCAAUGACACGUUACAUUUAUAACUGAAAGACGGAAUAACUGCGAACAUGACGGUGGAUUUUGAGGAAUGUAUUAAGGAUUCACCCCGAUUCAGGGCGAACAUUGAUGAAGUCGAGACGGAUGUUGUAGAAAUCGAAGCCAAGCUUGAUAAGUUGGUGAAGCUAUGCAGCGGCAUGAUCGAAGCGGGCCGCGCUUAUGCCCACGCCAACAAGCUCUUUGUCAAUGGGAUACGAGACCUGUCGCACCACUGCAAGAAAGAGGAGAUGAUCUCGGAAUGUCUUGAGAAGUGUGGAGAGAGCCUUCAAGAAAUAGUCAACUAUCACAUGAUCUUGUUUGAUCAGGCCCAAAGGUCCGUAAAGCAACAGUUGCACAAUUUCGUAAAGGAGGAUGUUCGAAAAUUCAAAGAGACGAAGAAGCAGUUUGAUAAGGUGCGUGAGGAUAUGGAGAUCGCCCAGGUGAAAAACGCACAGGCGCCACGAAACAAACCGCACGAGGUGGAGGAAGCCACAAGCGCCCUGAUCUCCACCCGGAAAUGCUUCAGACACCUCGCCCUUGACUAUGUUUUACAGAUCAACGUGCUUCAGGCCAAAAAGAAAUUUGAAAUCCUAGACUCGAUGUUGUCCUUCAUGCAGGCCCAGUACAGUCUGUUUCAGCAGGGCUUUAACCUCCUGGAUGAGAUUGAUCCCUACAUGAAGAAGCUAGCAGCUGAGUUGGAUCAGCUGGUUAUAGAUUCAGCUAUGGAGAAAAGAGAGAUGGAGCACAAACAUGCCACUAUUCAACAAAGGACUUUGAUGCAGGAUUUUGCUUAUGAUGACUCAAAAGUGGAAUUCAAUGUGGAUGCACCCAACGGUGUGGUGAUGGAGGGAUAUCUGUUUAAGAGGGCGAGCAAUGCUUUCAAAACAUGGAACAGGCGAUGGUUUUCAAUACAGAACAGUCAACUAGUCUAUCAGAAGAGAUUAAAAGAUUCCUUGACUGUGGUUGUAGAAGACCUAAGACUUUGUUCCGUGAAACCAUGUGAGGACAUCGAGAGAAGGUUUUGUUUCGAAGUCGUGUCCCCUACAAAGAGCUGUAUGCUGCAGGCCGAAUCGGAGCAUCUUCGUCAGGCGUGGAUCCAGGCGGUUCAGGCGAGCAUUGCUUCUGCCUACAGGGAGAUUUCUGAAAACUAUUACACAGAGCAUUUGGAUAGGACAGCAUCUCCCUCCACUAGCAGUAUAGACUCUGCGAGCGAGCCGCGGGAACGUGUUGUUAGAGGAGACGGCAUACUACAGCGAGUCCAGUCUUUGCCGGGAAAUGAAAUCUGUUGUGACUGUGGACAGGCCGACCCACGCUGGGCCAGCAUUAACCUGGGCAUUCUGCUUUGUAUUGAAUGCUCUGGCAUUCAUAGGAGUUUAGGUGUGCACUGUUCGAAGGUUCGAUCUUUAACACUCGACACAUGGGAGCCCGAGCUUAUAAAGCUAAUGUGUGAACUUGGCAACACGGUAAUCAACCACAUUUAUGAAGGCUCAUGUGAGGAGCAGGGACUAAAAAAACCCGGUCCAAACAGCUCAAGGCAAGAAAAGGAAGCGUGGAUCAAAGCGAAGUACGUGGAGAGGAAGUUUCUGAAGAAGAUGUGUGGCUCGGAGGCUCUGGUGGAGGGCGGCCGAAAAUCACAUCACUGGAGCGUGAAAAAGUGCAGGAGAAACAACAGCUCCAUUAGAGCCCCGAAAGCCCGUCGGAGAUACAGACACGACGCCACUGUUUUGUCUCCAGGAAAUCUUUCUGCUGCUGCUGCAGCUGCUAAGUUUCAGAGAGAAUCGCUGUUUUGUCCCGAUGAGCUCGAUUCGCUCUUUUCUUACUUUGACACAGGCUCCGGUCCCCGAAGCCCUGCAGGUCUCAGCAGUGACAGCGGGUUGGGCGGCAGUACCGACGGCAGCACGGACAUCUUGGUAUUUGGAUCGGUGGUGGACAGCGUUACUGAAGAAGAGUGUGAGGACUCUGAUGAGUCCAGUGGAGAUGUGGACAUCGAGCAGGAAGCAUCAGAUCUAGAGGACGGGCGGGAGCUCGACCCCAACGCUCUGCUCUAUAAGUCAUCGCGGGCCAGAAAUCUACCGGUCAUGGCCGAGGCGCUCGCACAUGCAGCGGACGUUAACUCGGUCAACGAAGAAGAAGACGGCAAGAGUGCAUUAAUCCAGGCGGUCACAGGGGGCUCUCUAAUAGCAUGUGAGUUCCUCUUGCAAAAUGGAGCAGAUGUCAAUCAAAGAGACAUUCGAGGGCGUGGACCCCUCCACCAUGCCACGUGCCUGGGUCACACAGGACAGGUGUGUUUAUUCUUGAAGCGAGGAGCUUCUCAGAUGGAGGUUGAUGACGAUGGGCAGGACCCUCUCAGUAUCGCUGUUCAGGCAGCCAAUGCAGAUAUAGUCACAUUAUUACGAUUAGCACGGAUGAACGAAGAGAUGCGGGAGUCAGACGGACCCUUCGGACAGCCAGAACCCAGAAGUCCAUCGAGGGUAAAGCGCAAGAAUUUACGCACGUCACCACGUGCGCUGGCAUCUUUUGGAAGUUUUCGCACAUGGCUUAAUACAUCUCCAAAACAUUAAGUGCUUGGAUCCUCCAUAACCCAUACAUUUAUGAGACUGCUGCAGUGCUGAAGGAUGUCCUUACUCAUCUAAAACUAUAAUAUAUAUGAUAUUUAAAGAAGAGCUGUGAGAUUAACACAAUUUUUGUGCCAUAAAUUGUUUUGUUUUAGAUUUAGUCAUAUCAUAAGACUGGGUAUAUCUGUUUUUAUUUUAAAAGCAAUAUUUUAAACGUUCAAUUUCCUCUUUUAAGAUAAAUUUGUCAGGAUUCCCAGAAUAUAUGUGAAUUGUUUUGAUUUCUUAUGAAUUGUUAAAUAUUCUGAAUUAUUAUGAAUUAUUAAGGUUUUCACUUGUCUUGACUCUUAUAUAAUUUUAACUGUGCAAUAAAAAUAACACAUGUUGUUUACCUGUAAUAUACCAUCUAGUAAAUACAAGCUAGAAAAGUAAGACGAUUUAAACCAAACAGUUACUGUUUCCUUGUAUUUUAUGUAUUUUUACAUGAUACAAAUUGACACUUGUGUCUUUUAAAUAAACUUUCCUAGCACUGGGAACAA